UGACAGCAUGACAGCUGUUUUCUCGGCGUCGCGAACAUGGCCGCCGAGAAAUCGAUAGACAAGCGAUGUGGGGAAUUGAAUUUAAUCCCGCGUCGCCGUGACAGCGGCUCUCCCCACGGGACGUGACCUCGCGACCGUCGUCCGUGAAUGUGCCUUUCCACCAUCGGAUACAAUACAUCGACGAGGGAAUUGUUCUGUGCGCGCGCGCGCGCACCACUGUCGCUGCUGUUCAGCUGAUCCGCGAAUGAUGGGUGAAAGUGCUCCGAAUAGUCGUCGACCUGUAAAGACGGAGGGCUGAUUCAUCGUGAUGUGCCGGGCCCGAGGAGAUCGACUAUAUCGAGAAUUCCAAAUCCUCUUUUGGAACUCGCCGAUGUUCAUGAAGGAGAGAUUGAAUUUUCUACAGCUGUCCAGUGUUUGAAACUUCCUUACAUAUGCAAUGAUAAUAUGUAACAGUGUGUACUCCUAUGUAUCCUAUGGUUGACAUCCAUCAAAGAAAAAUUGUUUUUUGGACAAUUUCAUCUUUAAUAUGGACAUUGAAAAUUUCUUCUUACAUGUACACAGUGCAAUAUUACUUAUGUAACAUUCUACAUUUGAAUACGUGCUACCUUUAAUAUUUAUUGAGGGAAAGACUACAUUCUCAACGGCAGUGAAUUUAAUAUGGACAGUCUGCAACUGGUUCUGGUAGCUGUCGUUACAUUUAUCUGCGGUGUAAUAUGUACCCUGGCAUUGCAGUUUUACCUUUUCAAGAGGUAUUUGGAUUCGGGGCCUCAAGCCACUCCACCACAAAGGCAGCUGCAGCAUGGCAAGGCACAAUUACCUAAGGAGCUGGUGGAACAGCUGCAGGAGGAACGGACGAACAGCAAUAAUAGCAUGUCUCGUCAGGCGAUGUCUCAAGGCAACGAGAACCUGGCCAUAAACCUUACAUUACAGUUCCUUUUCAAUGAGUUACGAAACGCCGAGCGAGUGCGUUUAUGGCUUUAUAGGAAGUUAAAUAACGAAUUUAAAGAACUGUUGACGCAGUCGACAACUGCGAAACUGUUAGAUAGCGUGAAAUUGAGAGACUUGAACCUCGGUACGCAGUUUCCGACGAUAAAAGGCUUGGAAGUCGCGGACUCAAAAAUCGAUGCUGACACGGGUCUGCUAGAAUCUCUGGACUUGGCCUUAGAUUUACAUUACUCAGGAAAUUUUCAAUUGUCUAUAGAUGUUAAGAUGCUGCUCGGUAAAACAGCCUACAUGGCGUUACAAGUAAAACGUAUCAGCGGUAAAGCUAGGCUACAGUUUACUCGCGUACCAUAUACGCAUUGGUCAUUGAGUUUCUACUCGGAUCCGAUCUUGGAGCUGGAAGUGCAGUCGCAGUUCCAAGGCCGUCAGUUACAGCCACAAAUAAUCUCGAUCAUUACCAGUCAGAUUAGGAGGGCGGUGAAGCGGAAGCACACUCUACCUCGUUACAAAAUGCGUUAUAAGCCAUUCUUCCGAAGAUUGAACGACGAAGCAGUGGAUCUCUCAGAGGUCGUCAGUACUCAGCUCACACCAGGAUACUUGGAGGUUGUACUGUUGGAGAUCAGCAGACUAAAUCUCGCACCUAUUGCUCUCAAUAAUAGCGAAGAUGUAUCGCAGGUGGACGUAUAUUGCACCAUGAGUGUGGAUUCCAUGCCUUGGGUAUACCUGACACAGUACAGCGGCAUUCCAUACAUGGUGCUUGACUUGAUCAUCAGUAAGACUGCCUCUCAACAGUUAGGUGUAGUGUUUAAGCAAGAAGUUGUACCGGACAUUGGCCAAAUGUGUGUAUUGGUGGAGACCAUAGUGUCUGGUAGUCCGGCAGCAAUCGCAGAGAUGAGAAAGGGCGAUAUUUUAGUAGCGGUAGAUGGCAAGAGAGUGUCGAGCAUGAACCAAGUGGCGAAAUUCGUUAAGACCGCUGUACAGCGGCGUUUUAUCAUCAGGGUAGAAAGGCGGCAUUCAAAGGCGGACUCGAGCGAGAGAGGACUGAAAAUGGAUGGCGAGAAGACAUCUUUUACCGAGAGGAAGACAUCGAAAAGCGAUUCUAUAGGCAAGAUAGACAGCCCCUGCAUAGAGGACGUUGGAAAGAUGAAGUUUGAAACGCAGAUCAAGUUUUCCGAUCUUCGGGAUUCCGACAAUGAUCUUACGGACUCUCGGUCGGAUACCAGCAAGCUAUUUAAAAGAAGAAAAAGCAGCAUACAGACAGAAGAUAUUGCUCAGACGCCUGAAACUACACCGUCUCGACGGAUCUCGACGAUCUCCAUAUCAUCAGCGUCCUCCAGCAACGUUCAAUUUUAUCUUCCGGACGAGAGUAACACGACCAGUAUUGCCGAUCUGUGUUACAACACGAAAGAGAAACCGUACGCUUCUCUAAUCGCCUUCGAAGAGACCAAAAGUUUUCAAGUUGAUUCUGAAUUACAAUACCUGAAUAUAGGUGUGUGGGGUCGUGCAAAGGGAAGCGAGACGCCAGCGAAAUUAUUAGGCUACAUAAACGCGCCUGUAAAAUUAAUUCUGGCACAAUGUUGCACCUCCACGACCGGGCAUUAUCUGAAAUGUCAUGCCUUAUUGCCGCCAGAAAGUACUUCGCUAGCGACAUCCUAUGUAAGACUGCAGGGAUAUUCGGGAUUCGAUCCAACGCUUUGUUACGGCGAUAUCUUGCUGUCGUACGUAUGGGAAUCUUGUCGGCCAAGUAAUCAUACAGUCAGUGAUUCCGGAAAGAAGGAUAACGCGGAAACUGCCAAAAUACAACCGAUUCCGAGCGAUGAAGUCGCUGAUAGAAAGAUGCACGAUUUCAUCAGGACGCACUUUCAUAGAGCCACGCACUGCGAUUUCUGCACGAAAAAAAUUUGGCUAAAAGAUGCUGUGCAAUGUCGGGACUGCGGCAUGGUGUGCCACAAGAAGUGCGAAACACGCUGUCAGGCGUCCAGCACUUGUGGCGCAGAGAGCCUAGCGACCUUGGCGCUGGAGGCGGACGAAAUCGAGCCGAACGCUAUCAUCGGAGACAUCUCAAGCCCAGAGAUCUCUUUGACUGGAUGCGAAGAUAACGUGCAGGGCGCAAGUAUGAAGGCCAUGAAGGCUAGUAUAGCUAACACUCUAUUGGGCCUGAAGAAGGCUGGAAGUACCAGUUGUCUGGCCCCGCCGGCUUCCAGUACUGGUCUGGCAUCUCGAAGUCUUCCCCCAAGUCCCUGUGCAUCCCGCAAGAACUCAUUGGCUGGAGGUUUGGGAAUAAGUUCUGACCUCUUGGAGGGUGCUGAGCCAAGUGUUGCAGCUCCACUUGUGGCCGGCGAUCUAGAUGACGGUCUUAUGUCGAGGGCCAGGGAUACUGGCAAGUUCUUGUACAAGAACCUGGAACCGCGGGAGCGUGUCGAAAAAAUCAAUGUAAUGAUGGGCAAAUUGAAGAACGCGUUGGAUGCCGAAACUACCUCGAGAUUAGAGCUGUCCCACAACGCGGACAGCAUGAAACUGAUCGCGCAGAGCGAUCUGCGAGUACAAGCUUUAAGUGUACUGCUUCUGCAUUACUGUGCCGGUUUGCAACACGCCCAGGAGGCGCUUGACCGACCGGAGGCUAGCAAAGAAUCUUAACAAGAACGCGUUCGGCAGCAUUAAAGGAGAGAAAAAGAGGAGUUUCUUACGAAAAGAGAAAACAGACGCGGAAAAUGUAGCGGUAUUUGAUAAUGAAAUAAUAAUGAUUUGCAUUUUUUUCACCGUUAAUGAGCCGUGACUAGAUGAAAAAAAGCGACGCUGCAUCAAUUUUAUGAUGCUGAUGUUGUUUUUAAUAUUAUAUAUUUGUUAUAUAGUUACCAGACUGUUUGAGACACAAAAAUAUUUGUAUUAUUAUGCACAGAAAAAUAGGGAGCAAGGAUCCAACAGUAUUUAUAGACAUUCCAUUGAUGCAAUUACCGAAAUCACAAUUGUAUUUUGUAUGUAUGUUACUAUUUUUCUCAUUUUUACUAUUUACAAUAAUAUUUUAAUAUUUUCGAAGAAUACGUAUGUAUGUAGCAGUAUUAUAACGUUACAUAACGAUACAUUUUCCAAAAUUUGGGGUGUUGAUGUAACAUUCUAAACAGUUCGUAGUAUCAUAUUAUGAAGAAGUUUAAAUAUUACGCCAUAGCUGUUCUACCUUAGUCAAUAUUGAUCGAGUUAUUCAUAAAGUAAGAAUAAAUGAUAAAAUAUAAUCAUCGAUUUAUUCGGUCAAACUUCGAUUCUGUAAUGUAGCCAACUUUUAAUGGCAAAUAGAAUAAUUUUGACGGGAACAUUCUUCUCUUGAAAUUUUAAAUAAAGAGAUCUUAUAUUAUUUUCUAUAUCUCUAUUUAAUAUACAAAUUUUAACGUUAAUAAUUCUAAUUCAAUUUUCACAAGUAGCACUUUCGAACUUUGCAGGGUUAAUCGAAGUUCCGCCUAGAUGUUAUGCAUAUUAUACAUAUACGUGAAUAAUGCAGUCUCGUAUACGUAAAGGCUUCUAGUGAUUUGAUUGAUUUUCGUAUUGCAAUUUGCAUUACAUACGUAGCUGAAUAAUACUCGAAGAUGGAAUCGUUCACCAAGAGAGAACACCAAACUCAUUAAGAUUAAUAUUAAUAGAUUAUUAUAUAUUUAGUGAUAAUUAUAUAUAUUAUAAUAACAUAUACAGCAGAGAAUGUUAUUGUUUGCGAAAAAAUGUCGGUUAUUUAAAAAGCUUACUACACAAAAACAGUGCAAUAUCUCAAAUACAUAAAAUAAAUAAUAAUUUUUUUAUCACGUAACAGUUUCAUGCGAUAUAUAUUAGAUUCGUAAAUAUGAGAGUGAAAGACACAUUAUCAUAACAUGCAAAAUUAAAUGAUCUAUAAAUCAAGAUAUUAAUAUAGCGGAAUAUCAUAAAACGAUUUAUGUCGAAUAGUUCAAAUUAUGAUGCACGAUUGCGCGUUGCGCCAAAACUUGAAUAGCUCGCACAUUAAUAUCUUCAAACUCCAUCUCUUUUCAUAUCUUUUGAUAAAGCCACUUUGUAUUUUUUGUAUUUUUUUUUAUAUUUUAAAGUAUAUAAAAUUUUACUGUUUAUAAAUGGUUAUUUGUUAAAAAUAAUUCAUUUAUGAAUUAUGAUCACGAGAAGAAAAAGGAUAUUACAAAUUUCGACAUUUUUCAGUUACUUAAUAGGCAGACGGUGCCAAAUGAAAUUAAAUUACAACUCCAAAUACAUAUCCAUAUAUUGGAACAACUGUACCAAAUAUAUACUAUACUAAAACUAUAUGUUCACAUAUUAUUAGAAAUAAUAUAUAUAUAUAUAUAUAUAUAUAUAUAUAUAUAUA